GUUACUCGAGGAAACCACAAGAUGACCAUGAUACCCACCACCUAUAACGAAAAGGAUAACGUCUGGAGCGGAGCCAAGCGCAACUCCAUGUAUAACUAUGACACAUCCGUGGGCAAGAUCAUUUUCAACAACAUGAAGAACUGGCCGAAGAACAUAUGCCAGAUAUGUGAUGUUGAUGGAGUUACAGUCACCUUUGAGCAGGGCCUUACCUGGGCCAUCCGGAUCGCCCAGUAUCUCAAGAAGAGAGGCCUUAACCACAAGGACGUCAUUGGCAUUGCAGCUAAGAACUCAACUUAUGUGAUGCCCCUGGGAGUAGCAUGUUUGAUGAAUGGCACCCCAUUCCAUGCAGUCAAUCCGGUGCUAGAUGAUGGAACAUUAACCCAUGUGUUUGCCAUCACCAAGCCAACCCUGAUAUUCUGCGAUGGACACGAAUACGAUAAAGUUCACAGAGCCACAGUUGGAUGGCAUCCGGAAAUUCUUACACUCACAGAUCACGUAGAAGGAGUCCAGGGUAUAGAAACUUUGCUGGAUCCAACGACCACUGAAAAGGUGUACCAACCGGAAAUCUUGAAGGAAGGCGGUGACCAAACCGUAGCCAUUCUAUGCUCCUCUGGAACAACUGGACUUCCCAAGGCUGUCUGCAUAUCCAACAGCAUCCUCAUACAGGACAGCAUGUUGGUUACCAGUGAAUCGGUUAUCUAUGUAGGAAGCUGUUUGGACUGGAUCACGGGUCUGUGGUCUUUCGUUUUCAGCACCGUGUUCGGUUGCACUCGUAUUAUCAGCAAUAAAGCCUUCACUCCCGAGUACUUUGUGGGCCUAGUGAAGAAGUACAAGAUUAACUAUGCUGUACUGCCACCCCGUCACCUAUCCGCACUGAUCACUUGUCCGGAUGCGAAACCGGAAGCCCUGGCUCCCAUUACGCACCUUAAUUACGGUGGAGGAUCGAUUUCAUUGGCCACUCUGCAGCGAUCGCAGGAGAUCUGCAAGACAGCCAUGUUCAACUCGGGAUACGGAAUGACAGAGGUGGGCGCCAUCACUAUCAAUAUUGGAAUUAGUAACGUGUCCUCGGCGGGAAGACUUGUGCCUGGAAUCAAGAUCCGUAUCGUGGAUGAGGAUGGCAAGAAUCUCGGUUACAACGAAGUGGGAGAGAUCUAUGUGCACACGGGUCAGGCGUGGAACGGGUACUACGGAAAUCCUGUGGAGACACGACGCAUGCAGGACUUCGAAGGAUGGUUCCACACCGGCGAUCUUGGCUACUUUGAUGAGCAGAACUUCCUGUACAUAGUGGAUCGCAAGAAGGAGAUUCUCAAAUACAAUGGUCUCCACUACUGGCCCACCGAAAUCGAAGGCGUGAUCUCGGAGCUACCGCAGGUUCAGGAUGUGUGUGUGGUGGGUAUAUACGACGAGCGAGAGGGCGAUGCGGCGGGAGCACUGGUGGUUAGGAGCAAGGGAGCCACAAUUUCGGGUAAAGAAAUUGCCGACCAUGUGGCCAAGCGACUGCCCGCCACGCAGAAGCAACUGAGAGCCGGAGUCCACUUCACUGACAAACUGCCCGCCAAUGUCAAUGGCAAGACAAUGCGCAAGACGGCACGCGACGUAUUCAUUGCUCAGAGCGGGACAGGAAAGUGAGAUCUUAACGAUCCGCACGAUAGAGUAUAGUUAUAAUCACAAGUACUGAGAGAUACUUGAAACCCUUCAAAUGUACUGUUCAAGUGUCCUGGUUGAGGAGGGGCUCUCGAUACCGAGGUGACCUUUGGAUUCUAAUAAAAUGUAUUUUACCUUAAAAGGUUUUUAA